AGACUGAAUGGCUCUGCCUGGGUCCAAGGGUAGCUGCGGUGGGGCAGGGGGAGAGCAGAGAGCCUGGGCCUGUUACACAAUCCCACAGAGGGCUCCUACCCCAGGCGCGAGCUGUUCUCCCAGCUGCAGACACCAGCACGGACCCUAGAGUUGUUCCAGGAACACGCCAAGGAAUCAGCUCAACAGGUGCCAAGGUGCAGCUGGCUCUGAGGUGGGACAGCCAAGGAAGAGCCUCACCCUGCUCCCUGCAGAGCCGAGCAUCCGAUUGCCAGGCUGAGGCGCUGGAGACCCCUGACUUUCAGGAGAGCGGCUCCCACACCGCUCCCUGCAGCAUAGCCCCCUAGUCGUGCCUGGGGUCCAGCACUGGUGCUGGGAGGUCUGUCUCUGUCCCAGCCUUGCCAUGGCACGUGAAUACUUCACCCACAAGGGGUUGCUGUUCCCAUGCCUGGAUUACUCCCCCGAGGCGCUGAGCUACGUGGAGAAUGAAUUCCAGGUGCGGGACGACGACGUCUUCAAUGUCACCUACCCCAAGUCAGGCACUAACUGGAUGCUGGAGAUUCUGAGUCUGAUCCGUUGUGACGGGGACCCCGGCUGGGUGCGCAGCGUGCUGAACUGGGAGCGGGGGCCCUGGCUGGACAACCAGAGUGGGCUGAAGGCUGCCCUGAAAUACCCCCCGCCCCGGCUGCUCUGCUCCCACCUCCCCGUGCAGCUCUUCCCCAAGUCCCUGCAGCGCUCCAAGGCCAAAAUCAUCUACACCCUGCGCUGCCCCAAGGACAUCCUGGUCUCGCUCUACCACUUCUCCAAGCUGCUGCGCCUUUUGAAGGACCCUGGCUCACUGGAUUCCUUCCUCGAGGACUUCCUGAGCGGGAAUGUGGCCUAUGGCUCCUGGUUCGACCACGUCACCGGCUGGAUGGGGCUGAAGGGGAACGAGAACUUCUUCCCCAUCACCUACGAGGAGCUGCAGCAGGAUCCACUGGGCAGCGUGCGGAGAAUCUGCCACUUCCUGGGGAAGGAGCUGAGUGAGGAGCAAGUGGCCGCUGUGGUGGAGAACGCCUCCUUCCAGGGCAUGAAGGGGAACAAAAUGUCCAACUUCUCCCAGUUGGACGACAAGUACAUGGACCACCAGAAGGGGGAGUUCUUGAGGAAAGGGAUCUGUGGCGACUGGAGGAACCAUUUCUCGGAGGCGCAGAGCCAACGAUUCGACACUGUUUACUGGGAGCGGAUGCAGGGUCUGGGCAUGACCUUCCCCUGGGACUGACGGCCCUGCACCCGCCACGUCUGUGCCCGCAAUACACCAGCCCUACGCCACCCACGUGCUGCUGUGCUUAGUGUGCCCUGGGAGAUGCCCCCUGGGGCAGCGUCACUAGCGCAUCUGCAAUAGGCAGAGCCGGCUGGGGCGUGUGUCCAGCAGAGGCCAGUGCGCACACGGCAGGGCUCAUCUGAGGUGUAUUUAAAGAGAGCAUGGCGUGGGAGUUGAGCCUCGGUGCCUCAAGGAGCAGCCUGCUCUGUGUCUCUCUAGUUUGGGUUCCUGUGCGUCAGGCCUCUGGAUCCUAAGAAAUAAAACCAGGUGACGU